AUGAAUCGACGCCCCGUGUUGGGUAGUGUAGAACGCCUCCAACCGUCUGUCCUCAACACUUUACUCGCGCCAGACGCUCAGUUGGAAAUUAUUGCCGAGGGUAAUUUAUGGGCAGAAGGUCCCUUGUGGGUGUCGGACGAGGACAGCGCAGACGGUGGCUUCUUGCUCUGGAGUGACGUCAAAAAGAAUCUUAUCUAUCGGUGGGAGGAGGGUGGCGGUUUGUUCACCAUCGGGAGGAGCGUCUUCUUGAAAGAGAGUGGAUGUCGGCCGUCUCUGUCACCUCUCGCGUCAGGCGGCGAAACGGAGACGAAGGACGGCAGCAGCAGCAGCGACGAGAGUUGCAGUGAUGGUAUCUGUGGAGAUGACGUGGCUCGAUGCGCCACUUUGAGAGAGCCGGGUUCCAACGGGUUGACAUUGGAGCCGGGAUCGGGGCUGGUCGUCAUGUGUGAGCAUGGGGAGCGUCGGGUCUCGCGCCUGGAGGCAAACGGGAGCUUCACCCCUCUCGCUACCCAUUACCAGGGCAGGCGGCUGAACUCGCCCAAUGACCUGGUGUUCGGGCCGGGCGGUGACUUGUAUUUCACUGACCCGCCGUACGGGUUGAAUGGACUAGACGCGGACCCAGCGAGGGAGCUGGAACGUUUCGGGGUAUACCGGGUCUCCAAGGAGGCGAUGGAGCAGCAGGCGGUCUCCUCGGCCAAGGGAAGCGCGGAGGUGCAACUGGUCUUUGAUGGACUGAAGCGACCGAACGGUCUGGCCUUUUCCCCUGAUUUCACACAUCUAUACGUGGGAGAUAGCGACGCCGAGGACCCGCACUGGGCCGUGUUCGAGAUGGAUGCGAGCACAGGCCUGGUGAAAGGGGAGGAAGGCGCGCGUGUCUUUGCAGACGCUCGGGCUUACCAAGAGAGAGAUGACGCUGGAGGCAAAAUACGCAUCGGCAAUCCAGACGGCCUUAAAGUGGAUGAAUAUGGGAAUAUAUGGGCCACAGGACCUGGAGGAGUUUUGAUUUUCUCUCCCCAGGGAGAGCGGCUGGGAACGAUUUUGACGGGGAAAAAAACGGGCAAUGUUGCUUUUGGAGGAAAAGAGAAGUCCAGGGGAGGAAAGGGGAUGUUUUUGUACGUGUGUGCCAACGAUGUUGUAGCUCGUAUUCCGAUAUUGGUGAGGCCUGCGCCCUCCCCUCCCAUGAAGCGAGUUGUAGAAGAGACAUCUCGCUCUUGA